UUCAUGGAAAGGAAAUGCUGACGAAAAGUUUGGUACGGUGUAUGGGAAUGUUCUUUACGUAUCGGAUUAAAUGAGCUUAAAAAUUGAGGAGGAGUUGAAUGAUCAGAUAAUUAAUCUUUAUUGUAGUGUACUGCAAAAACGGACGGAUCAGUGUGUACAGAAAGUGUCCCGUGCAGAUUAUCUGAUUCUGACCUCAAUUUUUGAAGGGAUGAAAAGCGUAACUUGGUUUAAAAAGGACGAUAUACAACAGUAUGACACUGUCAUUGGGUGCAUUAAUGACGGGAAGUGUCAUUGGGUUGCUGUGGUUAUGGAUGUCCAACACCAUAUUGUGACAAUUAUGGACCCGCUCAAAAUAUCAAAGAAAUUGAGAACAUAUGAAAAGAAUUUCAACUACUUCACUAAAAGCAGAGAUCUUGGUACAUGGACAAUCUGUACAGCAGUUGGGUAUCCUCUGCAAAAUGAUUUUAGCUCAUGUGGUGUUUAUUGUUUGAAGUUCCUCGACCGAUACCUAAGUAAGACAGAUACAUCUUUGGAAUUAAACGUCCAAGCUGAAAGAUUCACAAUUGGCAGUGAAAUUGUUCAAGCUGUGCAAACAAAAGGUGCUGUUAUGACAUGCUUCUUGUGUGCUAAAGAACCAACUAACAUGAGAGCAUGUUCAUGCUGUAAAAGGAAUUUCCACAAAAAGUGUAUGACUCCAGGACUAUGCAGUCUGUGCUCAAUUUUUCCACCUGAAAGUUUUAGACAAUCAAAGAAAGACAAAAAAGAAGAAGAACAGGAGUCCUCAGAAAAUGUAGAUCAGAGUGAAAAUGUGAGAAAUUUGAAGAGGGUGAAAAAAGAAGAACAGAAGUCAACAGAAAAUGAAGAUGAAAGUGGAAAUGUAAGACAAUCGAAGAGAAGGAAAAAAGAACAAGAACAGUCACUAGAAAAUGUAGAUAAAAGAGAACAUGCUAGAAAAUCAAAGAGAGGGAAAAAAGAAGAAAAACAGAAGUCAACAGAAAAUGUAGAUGAGAGUGGUAUAUAUGCAUUUAAUCAUGAUGGAUAA